CACAGAAAUCCGCCUCCUAUAAAUUACCAUGCCAUUAGUGUAGCAUUUACAUAAUCAUAUAGUUUUUUGCAUAACCAUGGACUGUUCCUUCAGAUUAAGAGCCGUUACAUUAACCCGUUUCCUUGUGUUUCUCACUUUGGCAGCUAUUUAUCCUAAGUUCUGCUAUGGAAAAUCUGAGGUUCAUUGCAUCCAAAGUGAGCAACAGGCCCUUCUCUGAUUCAAGCAAGAUCUUACUGAUCCUUUAAACUGGCUUGCCCCUUGGGCUGGUGAUGGGGAUUGUUGUCAAUGGGUGGGAGUUGUCUGCAACAAUGUUACUGAUCACGUCCAACAACUCAAUCUCAAAAGCUUUCCUCCUCCUCUGCUUGAAUAUUUUUCAAUUGAAGCCCAAUAUGAAGCUGCUAUUCAAUCUUAUGCACAAUCAAUGUUUGGUGGUAAGAUAAAUCCUUCCCUACUUGAUUUGAAGCAUUUGUUUUGCUUAGACUUGAGCUACAACAAUUUUGGUCUUCCAAUUCCCGAAUUCCUCAGUUCAAUGGGGAGUUUAAGAUAUCUUAAUCUCUUCAGUGUGGGAUUUGUGGGAUUGGUACCUCCUCAAAUUGGAAAUCUCUCAAAUUUGCACUAUCUUAAUCUUGGAGGCUUUGGUUAUAAUUUUUUACCAGUCAAUAACCUUCAAUGGCUUUCUAGUCUUCCUUUACUAACAAGUGCUAGAUUUGAGUGGUGUAGACCUUAGCCAAGCCUCCGAUUUGCUUCAGGUGACAAACAAAAUCACUUCCUUGUCAGAGUUGUGGUUAUCACAUUGCAGCCUUGGUUCCAUUCCACUAACACCCAAUUCUAACUUUUCAUCUCUAGCCACCCUUGAUCUUUCUUUUAACAGAUUUGAAAAAGCUUUGAUUCCAUCAUGGGUCUUUCGUUAUCAAAAUUUGGUUGCUCUUAAUCUAUCUGCCAAGGGUUUUCUAGGUCCAAUCCCUAUUGGUUUGCAAAACAUGACUUCUCUUAAGCACCUUGAUCUAUCUGCCAACUAUUUCAACUCUUCAAUUCCCAAUUGGUUGUAUAGUUUUAGUCAUCUUGAGUUCCUCAAGUUCCGCAAGAAUCUUUUGCAAGAAACAAUCUCUAGUUCCAUUAGAAACUUAACAUCUGCCAUUAGCAUAGACUUGACAAGCAAUCAACUUGAUGGAAAGGUACCAAGAUCUUUGGGCAAUGUUUGCAAUUUAAGGGAACUAAGAUUGUCAAACAACAAAUUGAGUGAAGAGGUAUCGAAAAUCUUAGAAAGUUUAUUAAGAUGUGUUUCGUAUGGACUAGAGGUCUUAGAAAUGUAUGAUGCUCAACUAUUUGGUCAUUUGAUUGAGGAACUUGGGCAAUUUCAAAAUCUUGCUACACUUUCUUUGGAGGGUAAUUCAAUUUGGGGUCCAAUUCCAAUUUCAAUAGGAAAACUUUCAUCUUUGAGAUUCUUAGACCUUUCGAGUAAUCAAUUUAAUGGAACUCUUCCUCAAAGUUUUGGAGGACUCUCAAAAUUAUAAUAUGUCUUCAUUGGUGGGAAUAUGUUGGAGGGAGUAGUAUCUGAAACUCAUUUUGCCAAUUUAAGAAGAUUAAAGGAAUUUAGCACAACUCCAACCCGUUUGACUGUAAAAGUAAGUCCCAAUUGGAUUCCUCCUUUUCAAGUUGUCAUUUUAGGAUUGGGAUCGUGGAUUUUAGGGCCAAAUUUUCCUUUAUGGAUUUGUUCACAAAAGCUAGUUUGGUCUUUGGAUAUAUCCAACACAAAUGUUAAGGAUGCAAUUCCUCCUUUGUUUUGGAACAUGUCCUCUUAGUUCAAUUAUCUAAACUUGUCUCACAAUCAUAUCUAUGGACAGAUUCCAAAUAUCCCUCUGACUUUGUAUCCUUCUUUUGUGAUUGAUAUGAGUUCUAAUUCAUUCAAUGGUUUGUUACCUUGUACAUCCUCUAACGUGAGCUUUCUAGAUCUAUCUGACAAUUUAUUGUCUGGAUUUAUUUCUCACUUUUUGUGUUACAAGAAGAAUGAGCCCAAACAAAUGGAACUUCGCAAUCUUGGAAAAAAUCAUUUAUUAGGAAAUAUAAGUUAUUGUUGGAAGAAUUUGCAAAAAUUGUUGGUCUUAAGUCUAGGAAACAAUAAUUUCACUGGUAGCAUUCCAGUUUCCAUUUCACAUUUGAGUCUUCUUAAGUCUUUGCACCUAAGCAACAACAAAAUCUCUAGGAAAUUGCUACAUAUUUGGAAAAAUUGCACUGAUUUGGAGAUUAUUGAUAUCAGUGAGAAUCAGUUUUUUGGAAUCAUACCUUCAUGGAUAGGACAAAGACAUUCAAGCUUGAUCAUUCUCAACCUUCGCUCAAACAAUUUCCAUGGCCCCAUUCCAAAACAACUUUGUGCUCUAACUUCACUCCAAAUCUUGGACCUUUCACAUAACAAGCUAUUUGGAAGCAUACCUGGAUGUGUUAACAAUUUGAAUGCCAUGGCUUCAACUUCUCACAAUAUUUUACAGGACUUGUUUGUGGUUGAUGGUGAUUCCGUGGAUUUUGAACGGGCAUUGCUUGUGAUAAAAGGGCAAGUUCUUGAGUAUACCACCAAUCUGGGACUACUAAGAACUAUAGACCUUUCGAAGAAUAAUUUAUCUGGAGAGAUCCCUAAAGAAGUGACUAGUCUUCAAGGAUUACAAUCAUUGAAUUUGUCAUUUAAUAAUUUGACUGGAAGGAUUCCUGAGAAUAUAGGUGCUAUGGGAUCCUUGGAAUCUCUUGAUUUCUCUGAAAAUCAACUUUCAGGUCGCAUUCCUCCAAGCAUGUCAAAAUUGUCAUUUUUGAGUAAGUUGAACUUGUCAAUGAACAAUUUAUCUGGGAAAAUCCCUUCAGGCACUCAACUACAAAGCUUUAGUGCAUCUAGUUUUAUUGGAAACAAACUCUGUGGACCUCCACUUACGGAUAAUUGCACUAUAAAUUAUGCCAAAUCCAACACUAAAGACAGAGGGAGAAGAGGUGGGCGUGAAGUGGAUUGGUUUUAUGUAGGUAUGGCACUUGGAUUUGUGGUUGGAUUUUGGAUUGUUUGGGGUCCUUUACUAAUGAACAGGAAAUGGAGAAUAAUGUAUUUUCAAUUCCUAGAUCGCAUGGGGUACAAGCUUGGGGUGUUUUGGCACAAACUUGAUAGCUUUUACUUAAAUGUUGUGAGAUUCUUAUCUUGUUACUAGCUAAUGUUUCUUUUAGUGCAUUGAUAUGUUGCAGUUUCAUUUUGAAAUAAUUUGUAUCUUUUGUUAGCUCAGUCAUUUUGAAAUAAAUUGAAGAAUUUUUUUUUCC